UUUACUUUAUCAUUCACGCACAAUAAUUGACUGGAGCCACUCGCUCUAUUAAACGUAAACGAGUUCAAAUAUUAUUUGAAACAAUCAAAGGAAAAUAUAGACAUGACGAACACAACGGAUGCAGAAAGAACUGUUGAUAGUGAAAACGUACCAGCAAACACUGGAGCGGUUACUAUUCCAGGACCUUUAUUCUUACGAAGCAUGGAUCGUUAUCCAAGAACGCCAAAAUGUGCUCGAUGCAGAAACCACGGUGUUGUCUCAGCAUUGAAAGGACAUAAACGUUACUGCCGUUGGAGGGACUGUGUGUGCGCCAAAUGCACGUUGAUCUCCGAGCGACAGAGAGUAAUGGCUGCCCAGGUUGCUCUGAGACGUCAACAAGCACAGGAAGAAAAUGACGUCAGGGAGAUGGGUUAUCUGUAUGCAACACAAACCGCUAAUAUGUCUCUAGGGCAUGAGACGACAGGGUCGAUAUAUCCGGAGGCCCGGGAUAGGGUCGGUUCUACAGGAAGCUACAGUGAUACCAGCGACAGUGAACAACCUCCAGCUAAAAGAAUGCGUCUAGAAGAGAGCUACACAACCACUUUGGGCAUUGCUCUACGUGACAGUGCUCACAGCCCGGACAGCCGAGGUUCCGUAUCUCCACACAGCACUACAUCGUCGUCAGAAUCACCUGUCCCAGAAACAUUCCACUCACAUAACAACCUGGACGACAGUUCCGACGGAACCAACAAAUCUGUUGACAUGCUUUGCCGCAUUUUCCCGCACAUGAAAAGGCACGUGUUGCAAUUAAUACUUCACGGAUGCCAAGGAGACGUCGUUCAAGCAAUUGAUCAAAUAUUUAACUCUCAGUCGGACACUGAAUCUCGAUCUAAACCGACGAUGGAAUCAGUUCCUCUUGUUGCAUCUCCGGCCUAUACGCCCACCACCUUAGACAGUUCAAUUAAAUCUGCAUUUACACCUAGAAGCAUUUCAGGACUUACUGCCUCUCAGAGCUUGAGCCCACUGCGGUAUUCGUGGGGUGGCAUGCCGCCAAGAGGUCUGUUCUCUGUGCCUUAUCAAUCAAUGUUACCUAGCUUGGCAUCGAGCUUCCAUCCUUACUCUGGACUGCCACAAUCCCCGCCAGUAUCCAAACCAGUCAUGUACUCUUCAUAUCCGUUCUCCCACUUUACUCAGGACAGACCAGCUGAUUUGCUGGAAUCCAGAUAACAAAUUCAUCAGUCAGUGACAUCUUGGAUUUUCUAGUAUAAGCAAUGGUCAUUGAAAACAUUUUCCUUCAAUGACAAAUGAAACAUCAUAAGACGGAUAAAAGCUUGUUAAAGAAAGUGCAUGACUCAAAUAAGUUUGAUGAGUUAGAAGCUAACGUUUCAUCUUUUCAUCAAUAAUAAACAUGACAUAUUCAUUAAUUGUCAAUUAUAAUAAUGAUUUAUAUUUAUAUGCAGCAAAUGCUUAGUUAUACUAUUACCUAAACAGAUUUGCAUUUUUGUUUCAAACGUUUGAUAAUAAAUACCGUUCAACGAAGAUAUGAAUUAACUAUCGAAUUGUAUUUUGUCCAUGAUUAAUGUAAGCUAUUUAAAUGUUAUGUUCAUGUAACUUUGCUAACGUUAGCUUUGUCAACAAUUUUACUGCUCAAUUCUGUAUUAAUAAAUUAUGAUCAACA